GGGGGGCGGGAGGUGGCGCGGCCGCCGCGGCCCGGCUGGAGCGCGCGGCAGUUCCGCGUCCCGCCCGUGCGGCCCAGCCGCCUGCUGCAGGAGGGGGAUGUGAUCAACCUAGGAGAUCGACAGCUCACUGUCAUGCACAUGCCUGGUCACUCACGAGGCAGCAUUUGCUUACACGACAAGGACAGGAAGAUUUUGUUCAGCGGAGACGUGGUGUAUGAUGGAUCUAUGAUCGACUGGCUUCCCUACAGCAGAAUCAGUGACUAUGUUGCAAGCUGCCGGCGCCUGAUGGAGUUAGUAGACAGAGGUCUUGUGGAGAAGGUACUGCCUGGGCACUUUAACAUAUUUGGAGCAGAAAGGCUGUAUCGGUUAGCUUCCGACUACAUUUCCCAAGCUGGGGUUUGUCACAAGAUUUCUACCUGUGCUAUGAGAUCCAUUGCAAGCAUAGCACUUCGUGUUGCAAAUUCAAGAAUCACUUCUCAGUGACAGUCAGUUUUGUGUGAUCUGUCACCUGCUGUAAAACCAAAUGGGUUGUGAAAGCAUCAAUAACAAGCAGAAGCAGUAUGUGUUAGCAAAAAGAUGGCAAAUUGAUACAGGUGAGCUUCAAAAAGUCUCCCUGUUUUUUCCUACUUUAUUAAUAUUUUUAUAAAAACUCUCUAAACUAGUAGCUUUAGCCAAAGCUAUAGUUUUUCUUUCUGCUUCUUCAGAGCAUGUUUGCACAUGUAUUGCAAUUGAAAUGUAUCAUUUUGUUUUUGUUACAACUCUGGCAGAUUAAUAUAUGCUAAAAUGAGAGGUUUUACAUUCAUGCCUGAAACCUUAUUGAUGUGGUACUAGACAUGUGAUUAUUCAUCACCUCCUGCUCAGGUUUUGACCUAACAGCUUUUGUGAAGACCUGGUGUCUGCUAGGAGCAGUGCCAUUAGGUCACAGCAGGAGCAGCAUCUCUGCAGGACUCAGUGGGCAAAAGGAAAUAAAUCUGCAGCCAUUGCCACCUGUGGGCUUGGUAUCUGCUGCACCUCUCACCACCUGAAGCUUUAUCUUUGCAAAGUACUUGUCUAGCAGUUUCUUCAGAGUACACUAACAGGUGGAAGUUCUAUAGACCAAGCAUUCAAGCUGACAGUCACAGAUACAUCAGUUCACCACAAAAGCUUUUGGUGCAGACAGACUGUUGAAGCUUUCAUGUUUCCUGUUGUGCUGCAAGGAACCCACUGCACCAGAAGAGAGGGAGCAAGCAGGAGCACUGUCACCAUUGGCUAGAGAACUGUUUUGCUUGUAGGCAUGUGAGUUAGGAAUUAGAAAACUUGAGACCUAGUGAAUUAAUGUGUUGCACUACACUGUACAAAGUGGUUUGAGCUUUUCCUGGGUGAGUUUAUUUUCUUCUGAUCAGCUCAUAAAAAAUACUUAAGACAGUAUGUUGUUCUGGAAGGUUGAGAGAAGUGGACUGUGAUGAGUUUAAGGCGUUUCUUCAUGCUUAAGGGUAUUUUUAUGUGACUGUGUUAUAACUUGUUCCUAAUCAUCUGUGUUACAAGAAGGAUUGAGGCUUUAAGAUGACCUUGCCAUAGUGAAGGUGCUGCAUUAAGCACCUGGUACAGUUUUUAUUACAAAGUGAAUGUAACUCAAAUUGUUUACUGUUUUCAUCUGAAGUAUGUGCUGCACAUGGUUGUUGUGAAAUGUAAAGUGUGUUGCAUUGCAUUUGUUCAAAAAAUGUUAAAUACAUUGAGAAAUGAUAAAUAGCAUUGUUGUUUGCAUAUGAAAAAUGAAUGUGUGAUAUUUAAAAGCUGCUGAAAUGGUUAGAGUUUGUGUAAUUAUUCUAACAGUUUGUAUAUAUUUAACUUUUUUGAAAGGACGUUGUCUGAAUUUAUUUUUGUACAUAGACAUCUAUAUGUUCCUAAAAAGACUGCAAAUGUUUGUCCCCAAAUUUUAGUGCAGUUUAACUUUUCUUGUUUGGCUUUUACUUUAUGCAGAAGGUUUUGCCCCCAUCAUGGCCAAUAGUAGGGGAGCCAAAGGUUUGGGCUCUUUCUAAGGCAUGGGGGAGAGGAAGUUGAUAACCUUCUGAAUAGAUGCAAAUUCUUGUGGGGAAAAAAAACCCAAACCUAUUGCAAAAUUUAAAAAGCACCUCUGUCUAAAAAUUAUAAAAGCAGGUAUCUUAUGUAAGGCUUUUUGCCUUUCAUAGAUGACUGCAAUCCUGCCUUUACUGUGAAUAUAUUUUUUACCAGGAUUUGUACUGAUUGGUUGUUGCCUAGUUCUUCUUAGAAGUGCCUGUCUCCAAGCUGAAGCAAAAUUGUGAGUGGGCAGAACAUGUGCAGAGAUGCAGCACUUGAAAGACCUGUUACCACUCAGAUCAGAGUCUCUUUUUUUGGAGAAAUCCACGUACAUCUGUGUAUGGUGUGAGGAGUGUUCAGUGGGUGGACUUAUGUCAUAGAACCAAGAGUGUUUAUCUGGCCUCAGUUGGCAGAGGAAGAAAUACGAAAACAGCCUGGGAAGCAGGCUGAAGGUACACAUAUCACUAAAUCUUACACCAGUUAUCCAGAGGAUGCCAUAGUGGCUCAGUAAUUGAAUUCCUGCAAAUUAGUUGACAGUGGCGUAACACCAGUAAUGAUCAUUCUUUUUAAACAAUGCUUUUGUGAAGACUGUGGGAGCCCUGGUGGUAACCUGUGCAUACAAAGCCUGCCAAUAUGGAUGUCAAGUUGCUAAAGUUUUGCAAGUGUUCACUAGAAGAGUAAGAUCACUUUGAAUUGGCAUUCUGUGUUACACCACUAUCAGUUUGUUUAUUUGAUCCAGUAUUAGAAUUUCUGUUGCCAGAUUUUACUGUGUUGUAAAGCCUGAGCUCCUAAGAGGUGACUCACAGGCACAUCAGUUGAAAGGGAAAGAUAACCUCCAUCCUCCAUCCUUUGUGUUUAAUCUGGGCUCAGUAUAUAUCAGCUAGAAUCCUUAAAUGGCCAGGUCACUGUCAAAAUGUCCUAUUAAGCUAUGCUUAAGUAGACUUAAGUAUGUAACCAAAACUUUGACUUUUUUACUUUACCAAAACCUUGGGGAUAAUUUUGUAGCUCAGAAAUGAGCUUUACAUGCACAUAACCCAAAGUGGAGUUUGUUAGUAAACUGCUGCUAUAAUGAAAUGUAUAAUGAAAGUAGUUUUUUGAGGGUCAUGAAAUUAUUUUUUGUAUUACAAGAAAUUCACUAGAUAAACAAUACUUAAAUGAUCUUAAGUUAAAAGAACAGUCUCUGAUUAUUUUUGUUAAGACUUACCAAAUGUUAAUCAUAAGAGUUUGGCAGUCGUCCUUCAACACUACUUGGAUUAAAUUUUUAAAACUUGUAUUGUAAGUUUAAAUACUGCGUCAUGUUGAGCAUUUAGAAUUGUGUUGAUUUUUUUGUAACAUCUAAAUAUAUGUUAAUGCAGUUUGUAGUAGACUGGGGAAUUGACACAAAAAUAAGAUGGGAAGUUUUGUUCUGUAAUCUG